AUGUAUAAAACAUCUUUUAAACAAGCUUAUGUCAGUCCAACCGAUAAUAUAUCAAAAAAUUCUAUUGUUGAAGAUGUACUUGAAGCUGUCUACACCAGCAAAACUCCUACGUUGAAACCUUUACCUCAUUCUAAUUCUGGUUCUGGUUCUGACUUCACUUCCUCGCCUUCUUCGUCUUCUUCUUCAAGCAGCAUGUCUAACAAGACUGAAGACCACAACUCCGCAAUAAUGAUUAAUAAUGAAGAUCUUGAUGAUUUCGAUAAUAUUUAUCAAUCACUCGAUGUUUUGAUGUUUUGCAAUGGUGUUCUUGAUUUCAACCGUCCAUCAAAAAACAAUGAAAACUUAAAUGAAUUCAACAACAACGCACCUUUAAAUUAUCCUAAACAUAAUGAAAUUGUUAAUGAAGGACAAUCCAAACAUUCAAUUAAUCCAACCAAUAUUACUCUCAACGAUGAAUUUUCCGAUCAAAUCUCACGCCUUUGUUUAGAAUUCCCACAAGAAAAACUUGGCGUUGAGGAAUAUAUUGAAACAACAAAACUUGGUCAAUGUUUAUUCAGCUUCAGUCCAGAAUUUAAUUAUAUUACUGCUAGUAAUAAUAAUGCUCAACAACCAAUUUCACCAUUAGCAUGUAACAACAAAUGUAAUUGGGGUUCUUCGCCUUCAAGAUGGUUAAAUGUAACAAAUUUUCCUGUUUAUAAUAAUAAUACAUGGGAAGCCUUUCGUAUGAUAUUCGAGUUAUUUGGAAAUGUUCAUGAAAUAUUUGUAGAUAACAACAACGUAUUUAUUCACUACUAUGAUUUACGUGAUGCUAUCCACGCACAGAAAAAACUUAAGUAUGUAAUUGCACCGCAUAAUUAUAAUCGAUUAAAUGUUAAUUUUUGCUCUCGCCUGAAAAAUAUUGAGUUGCAAAAUGAUUGGGAUUGGGAAAAUGAAGGGAUUUUGAGAAUAUAUAUCAUUGGACGUGCAAAUGAUACGGAAAUUAGGAAUUUGUUUGUUGAAUAUGGAGCUUUACGUGAGGAAUAUUGGUUUUAUGUUGAAGGUAUCAGAGUACUUCAAAUUGAAUAUUAUGAUGUACGUGCUGCAUAUGCUGCAAAGACAGUGGAUGGAAAACAGAUUCAAGAAGCUAUUCUUAAAGUCGACUAUUAUGAUAGCAAUUCACAAUCGUGGGAUAUUGCAUCUGAGAUGAUGUGCUGUCAAAACAAUAAUAACUACAACUACAACUAUGAAGAUGAUAAAGCCAUCAUUUGUCAAGGUUUUGACUUGAGAACAACAUUUAUGAUUAGAAAUAUUCCAAACAAAUACACACAAAAAAUGUUGUUAGAAUGGCUUAACGAAACACAUAGAGGUCAAUAUGAUUUCGUUUAUUUACGAAUUGAUUUUAAAAAUAAAUGUAAUGUUGGAUAUGCAUUCAUUAAUUUCACAUCAGUAGACGAUAAACGUUGUGAGCUUUCUUAUGCAAAUGUUCAGGGAAAAAAAGCUUUAAUCGAAAAAUUCAAAAGCUCUCGGUAA